CAGAGGGGCUGGACAGCUGCUGAGGACGAGAGUUGGGAGUGAAAGCUGUUUUGGAUGGCCAGGUGCGUAGAGUUGGUUCUGGGUGUGACCUGCUGGCUGGGGGACCAAGAAGGUACACUGAGGAAGGAUCCCCUGGAGAGCCACAGGAGCCACCAGGGCCCAGCGCUUGGUGGGGUCAGGAGAACAGCUCCCGUGUAGAGAAUGAAAGGGACCCGCUGGCAGUACACUCGGCUGCCCACUCACAUGGAGGAUGCCCUGUCUGGGGAAGAGAGCGAGAGGGAGGAGGAGGAGGAAGACGAGAAGGAGGAAGCAGAGGCAGCCCCCAGCCCUGGGCCUGCAGACCCCAUGGAGCCUCAGCUGACAGAAACCAGCCAGGUCCUGGGUGCCUCAGAGAUUAGGCAGCUCAGCUUCCAUCUACCCCCAAGAGUCGCUGGCAGCCCCUGGAACCUGGUUUUCUGCACAUCAAGGGACGGUUUCAGUCUUCGGAGCCUGUACCGGCAGAUGGAGGGCCACAGUGGGCCGGUGCUGCUGCUGCUCAGGGACCAGGAUGGGCAGAUGUUUGGCGCCUUCUCCUCCUCCACGCUCCGGCUCAGCAAAGGCUUCUACGGCACGGGGGAGACAUUCCUCUUCACCUUCUCCCCACAGCUGAAGGUCUUCAAGUGGACUGGAAGCAACUCCUUCUUUGUCAAAGGGGAUUUGGAUUUACUGAUGAUGGGCAGCAGCAGGUGCGUAUCUCUGUCCUCCUGGGUUUUAUCCCCAGUGGGUAUGGCUGGUCUGGGUGGAAAGGGAGGCUGGCAGUUUGCCUUUAGGCCAGCAUCUCAGCCCAGUUCUUCCUCCAACCCUGAGAACCCUAGGCCCAGCCUAGGGCUGAGAAGAAAGACUGCCUGAACUUCCCUAACCAAAGGCUUUAUGGCUGGCCAUGGCUUAGUUUGAACUGAUGUGGUGAGAUGAAGCUAGAGACGCACCCAGCAGCCUUCCUCCAGGAAACUGCAUUAGAGGAGGCAUCUGCCCAGCUUGGCCUCUGUGUAUAUGGAAAGUUAAAAAAAAAAGUCUGGGGCUGGGAAUGUAGUUUAGUGGUAGAGUG